ACAAAGAGCUUUCUCCUGCUUUCAGGCAUGAAUCAGGUCACACUUCAAUGGGAUGUGAUAAUAGCCCUUUACAUAUUCUUCAGUUGGUGUCAUGGAGGAAUUACAAAUAUAAACUGCUCUGGCCACGUCUGGGUAGAACCAGCCAAAAUUUUUAAAAUGGGUAUGAAUGUCUCUAUAUAUUGCCAAGCAGCAAUUAAGAAUUGCCAACCGAAGAAACUUUAUUUUUAUAAAAAUGGCAUCAAAGAAAGAUUUCAAGUCACGAGAAUUAAUAAAACAACAGCUCGGCUUUGGUACAAUAGCUUUCUGGAACCACGUGCCUCUGUGCACUGCACUGCUGAGUGUCCUGGAUAUCUUCAAGAGACGUUGGUAUGCGGAAAAGACAUCUCUUCUGGAUAUCCACCAGACGCCCCUGACCAGGUAACCUGUGUCAUUUAUGAGUAUUCAGGCAACGUGACUUGCACCUGGAAUGCUGGGAAGCCCACCUACAUAGACACAAAGUAUGUGGUGUACGUGAAGAGCUUAGAGACAGAAGAAGAGCAACAAUAUCUCACCUUGAAUUGUGUUAACAUCUCCACUGAUUCAUUAAAAGGAGGCAAGAGUUAUCUGGUUUGGGUCCAAGCGGCAAAUGUACUGGGCACGGAGAAGUCGAAACAAUUGCAAAUUCACCUGGAUGAUAUAGUGAUACCUUCUCCAUCCAUCAUUUCCAGGGCGGAGGAUAUAAAUACUACAGUGCCCAAGACCAUAAUUCACUGGAAUAGUCAAUCAACAAUAGAAAAGGUUUCCUGUGAAAUGAGAUACAAGGCUACAACAAACCAAACCUGGAAUGUUAAAGAAUUUGACACCAAUUUUACAUACAUGCAACAGUCAGAAUUCUACUUGGACUCAAACAUUAAGUACGUAUUUCAAGUGAGAUGUCAAGAAACAGGUAAAAGGUACUGGCAGCCCUGGAGUUCACCUUUUUUUCAUAAAACACCUGAUAGAGUUCCCCAGGACACGUGGAAAUCAUUCCAACAUGAUACUCGGAAUUCUCGGCUUCUGAUUACUUCCAUCUUUAAAGGACACCUUACUUCUGACAACAGGCAACAAGACAUUGGACUGUUAUCGGGAAUGGUCUUCUUUGCCGUUAUGUUGUCAAUUCUUUUUUUGAUUGGGAUCUUGAACAGAUCGCUGCGAACUGGAAUUAAACGAAGAAUCUUCUUGCUAAUACCAAAGUGGCUUCAUGAAGAUAUUCCUAAUAUGGAAAACAGUAAUGUUGUGAAAAUGCUACAGGAAAAAAGUGAAUUUAUGAAUAAUAAUUCCAGCGAACAGGUCCAAUAUGUUGAUCCGGUGAUUACAGAGAUAGAAAUCUUUCUCCCAGAAGAACACGAGCCCACGGCCUACAGGAAGGACAAGGAUACAGGCUCCCUGGAGGCCAGAGGCUGCCUGCAAAAGUCACUGCUCACCAACACAACAGUCGUGUAUAUUCCUGACCUCAACACUGGGUACAGACCCCAGAUUUCAAAUUUUCUCACUGGGGGAAACCAUCUCAGCGAUGAUGAUGAAACGGCUUCCUCAACCUUCAAACCAGUAGAUUCCUUAGACCUGGGAAAGAAUGCCAGGGUUAAAACAUAUCCUAAUUUUCCUCUCUCUAUCUCAAGUAUGAAUUCACUAAGCAACAAACUAUUUUUUGGAGAAUUAAGCCUCAUUUUAAAUCAAGGAGAAUGCAGUCUUCUGGACACGCAAAGCUCAGCAGAGGGAGAAAGCACUAUGCUUCUAGAAAAUACUUCACCUGACGAAACUGUUCCAGAACAGAACCUGCUGCCCGAUGAAUUUGUCUCCUGUUUGGGGAUCAUGAAUGAGGAGCUGCCGUCUAUUAAUUCUUAUUUUCCACAAAAUAUUUUGGAAAGCCACUUCAAUAGGAUUUCACUCUUGGAAAAGUAG